AUGUUUGGAAAAUCUGUUAUUAUUUCAUUAAUUGCAGCUUAUUUAGCUUUUAUUGGAAGCACUGAAGGUGCCAAUUUAGAUUGUGCACAAAUGCAAGCUUUAGCAGCUCAAUAUUUUCCAGCUGAAUACCAAACUGAUAUGAUUUGUAUUGCUCAAAAAGAAUCAUCAUGGAAUCCAACAGCUACAAAUCCAAGCAGUUCAGCAACUGGUUUAUGGCAAGAUCUUGCUUCACAUUGUGGUGAAUUAUGCAAAUGUACAGGAAAAACUGAUCUUAUGAACCCAGAUGUAAAUGCUGCAUGCGCUGCUGCUAUUUUAAAGGCUCAAGGUCUCAAUGCUUGGACUACUUGGUCCAGUGGUUUAUGUAAAGGAUGGAACACAUGUAUGGCUUCUGGUACAUCAACAUCAUCAGUAAGCUCAACAACAAGCUCAACAUCAGGUUCAGGAAGCUCAACAUCAGGCUCAGGAAGCUCAUCAGGUUCAGGAAGCUCAUCAGGUUCAGGAAGCUCAUCAGGUUCAGGAAGUUCAUCAGGUUCAUCAGGUUCAGGUAGUGGUUCAGGUUCAGGUUCAGUCACUGAAUUUGAAUUUAUUUCAAGACAAUAA